GUGACGAGGGAUGACAUCGCGUCGAGCUCCGUAGCCGCCGCCGUUGUAGCCGUUUGCGUAGCUCGUGUGUGCAAGUGCGCGCCGCGCGACGUGAGCGAGAGGGGGCGCGCGCGCGAGCAAAGCGUCGAGACGCCGGCGCUUGCCAGACCUGACGAAAGCGUUGCGCCGACUGUCGUCCUCGAGACGAAGCGGCGGGCCCGCCAAAGAGUGGGGGAGCACCGGAAUCGUGUCCUGUCAGUCAUUCAGUCACCGGAGUACGUGCGAGCACGUAGGACUACUGGUUGCGAGCUCCGGUCCGCCGAGGCACCGAAGUGGCGCGCGUUUGUUACGCAUUUGUAACAUUGCCGAAAAACAGGUGAAACGCGGGAACAUACACACACUUCAUCGUUCGACUCAUCAAUUAAAAAUUAUCUACGAGUUUUGUGAAAUACAAAAAAGGAUAGUUUGACGAAUUUUUAAAUACUUAUCACGAGGAAGCAAAUUUUUGUGAGUGAAAACUUUACAACUGCGACAAUUACAAGUAUACGAUAAUAUUACAUCGAGUGUGAUCAUCUUUCCUGCAAAGAGUGCGUGCGUUCUCUAGUGAUAUUAGUUUUGAGUUGGUUGAUUUUCUACCGGCACGCGACAUCCAAUAAGAAAAUAUCGACCAACAGCUGCAGUGCUUGUGUUUUUUGUUUUAUUUAAAAUUUGAAAAAUUUUCGCAUCGUGAUGGUACUUUAAUAAACCGCGAAAAUUCUGCUCCAACUGAAGCGACAAUCUAUUUUCCUGAGGAGGACAGCGGACAGCAAGAUGCCUCGCAGGAAACAGGAUUGUCCCAAGCGCAUGAAAUGGGAAGGAGGUGAGGAAGGUUGCCCCGAAGACGGCGAUAAGUUAGACGCCGACGAAGAAUCCGGCUCGAUGACACCAACUUCAGCUGCAUCACCGGUGCCGGACGAUGAUGUCAAUUCGCCAGCACCCGGCGAUCCAGCAUCACCGCGUAGUCCUCGAUCAAUUGCCGAAGACACACCGAAUCACCUGGUCGAAAGGGAGAUGACAAGCCCAAGAUGCAGGUCGCGCGAUUCUGGCGAAUCACCUCGGUGUCCGUCCGGUGAAUCUGCAUUUUCAGACCGCGGUAGCCUUCUACGCAGUGUACCACUCGCGGCGACGGCGUUAAGUCCGGUUGGUGUUGCAUUACCACCCACUUUGCCGGCCGCAGCCGCUGCAGCUUUGCUGCCUCCUCAGUCUGCCGCCAUGGCUGCGUACCUGAACGCCGCUGCCGCGGCGGCUCAACACUCUCAUAGGCUGAUGAUGACCUCACCGCUACCUCCUGCGUUCAACCGCAACGCAAUUUCGCCACUGGUCACAUCAUCAUCGUCGCCGCCGGGACAUCCAUCGGAAUUGCGGCUGCAAUCACCAUCACCCUCCGGGGAAUGUAUAUUGGACUUUAGCAAACGUUCUUCGAAAAGUGAACAAUCAGAAUCCGAUAGUGAUGUGAUGAACCUUAGCAAAACUAGCACACCACCACCGGAUGGGCCUGUUAAUAGUCCUCUAGAUUUGUCAGUGACGACGCGGAAACGCACAUCAGAUGACCAAAGUUCUCAGCCACCAUCGCGCAAACAACGCACAGGUGACUACGCAAAACCUGGCAUUCCAGCAUGGUCUUCGCCAGUGGCUGCUCAGCACUUACCGUAUUUUGCUGCAGCUGUGGCGGUUGCUAGUUUAUCACCGAAGACUAGCCCAUCACCGGAUUUGUGGAAUGGAAAAAUGAAGCACGCAACACCUACUCCUAGUGACGCAACCAAGGCUUUGGAGAAGAUGAGCGAACUUAGCAAACUCGGUGGUGAAGAUCUCUUUCGGUCAAUGGCUAACAGUGGUGGUGCUUCAGCGAACUCCGCCAGUAGUCGUCACAGUGCAUGGCAAUCACAUUGGCUUAACAAAGGUGCUGAGCAAGCAAAAGAUGUGUUAAAGUGCGUGUGGUGCAAACAAAGCUUCCCCAGUUUGGCCGCGAUGACUACGCACAUGAAGGAAGCCAAGCAUUGUGGCGUAAACGUUCCCGUCCCACCGAUGCCGCAAUCAACGCCCAUUGCUCCUCCACAACAUCAGCUUCAAACCUCGUCGCCGUCGAACACCAAUACAAGUUCCUCCUCGUCAAACUCUAGCAAGCCAAAUCAGUCGGACUUGAAUUUACUCAUCAAGGAGACGAUGCCUCUGCCGCGAAAAUUAGUGCGCGGCCAGGACGUGUGGUUGGGCAAAGGCGCCGAGCAAACGCGCCAAAUACUCAAGUGCAUGUGGUGCGGGCAAAGUUUCCGUUCAUUAGCUGAAAUGACUAGUCACAUGCAACAGACGCAGCAUUACACGAACAUCAUCUCGCAGGAGCAGAUCAUCUCGUGGCGUUCCAGUGACGAUCCAAAAAACGGCAACAGCGGAGGGGGCGGCGGUAGUGGUGGACCGGGCAGUGGCGGACCACCCGGAAGCACAAGCAGUCAUGUCAGCGCCGUGCUGACAUGCAAGGUGUGCGACCAGGCAUUCAGCUCCCUCAAGGAAUUGAGUAAUCACAUGGUGAAGAACUCGCACUACAAGGAGCACAUCAUGCGCUCAAUUACAGAAAGCGGUGGUCGUCGGCGACAGACACGCGAAAAACGAAAGAAAUCUCUACCAGUUCGCAAAUUGCUUGAGUUGGAGCGCGCCCAGCAUGAAUUCAAAAAUGGUGACAGCCCUGCUAUGGAUAAGCGGGAUUCAAGUGGUGGGGGCGCCGGACGUAUAACUUGUGAAAAAUGCGGCAACAAGAUUGAAACGUCCAUGUUCGUUGAUCAUAUACGGCAAUGUGUCGGCAUGACAAGCAACCAAAGAAAUUUCCUCAAAAACGCACUGAUGUCGAGCAAUAUUCUGCCACCUGAACCUCGCGAAAGCAGCAAAACUAAAAAGUCACCCUCUCCGCAAUUACGCUCGCCUACCGCAGGCUCCAACAAGGAGCCAACGGUGGGUGACAACAACAAUGGUUCAUCGCCCUCCGUACUAAAUGCCAUCGAGAAACUGAUCGAAAAGAGUUUCGAUUCACGCGGUAGGCAGAACGCCUCCUUUCCAGGUCAGGGACCAACAGCCGCCCCAAUGGGCUCCAGUAUACUCAAGCGACUGGGAAUCGACGAGAGCGUCGAUUAUACCAAGCCGUUAGUCGAUGCCCAGACGAUGAAUUUAUUGCGCAACUAUCAUCAACAGCAAAGUCAGCAUUACGGCCGUCGAGAGCGCAGCGGCAGUGAAUCGAGUUCGAUAUCGGAGCGGGGUAGCAGCAGAGUGGACGCGCUCACGCCGGAGCGGAAAAUGGAACCGCCAGGAGUGCCGAUAUCUUCGACACCGCGAUCGACGCCCGACAAACGCGACAAAUCGCCGAGCGUCGAAAAACACAUGCCGGACGCGGAUGUCUGCAAUAACAUCAAGAAGGAAAUCGAUGACGAUGAAGUCGAAGAUUUGAAAAUCAAAAAAGAAAUCGAGGAAGAAGAAGAUGAUAAGAGCAGUUUUGCUAGCAACGGCCCUACAAUCAAAGAGGAAGAGAAGAAACACCACUCAAUGCGAACACCUACGAGUAGUCCGCAUCGUCGCACGCCUGAAGAAAGUCCAUGCCGGAACAGUACCAGCAGUCCGGCGUCUAGUGACCGAUCCGGUACCCCGCGCAGUACUAACGGUGAUCGUAAAUCGGCAGGUGGUGGUAGUUUGGGUGCACUGAGCUCAAUGUUUGACAGUUUGUCAGGAAACGCCGCGCCAGCCGAAAAUGCUGGGGGCAGCAAACGUGGCAGCAGUCAUCCUCUGGCAGCAUUGCAGAAACUAUGUGAUAAGACUGAAACACAUCACACAAACAAUCGCAGCGGUGGAGGCGGUGCGGCUGCUUCAACAUCUUCAUCGUCAAACACCACCACAACCGCUGCAUCCACCUCCAGCAGUACCACACCGGGCGCCAUAUUGGCUUUCAGCUGGGCCUGCAAUGAUGCUGUGAUGACAUCAGAUUCAAUUAUGAAGUGCGCUUUCUGUGACACGCCAUUUAUCUCAAAGGGCGCGUACCGACACCACUUAUCCAAAAUGCAUUUCGUUAAAGAUGGUGUUAUUCCCGAUCCGGUUGCACUGAAAGCAGCAUCGUCACAACAACCAUCCGGUUCUGGUGCCUCUACACCAGGAGGUAAGUCAUCUGCUCCUGUGACAGGCACCAGUGGGCCAGGUUCCACCGGCAGUAAGAGUCCACCAUCCAGCGGCGGCUUUGAAGAAAGUCCACAUUCAAAAUUCCUCAAGUAUACCGAACUCGCUAAGCAACUGUCUAGCAAAUACGUGUAACGGGCGAAGUGAUAAAUUGAUCAACAGAUCAAUCGAAGGGACGCAUUGUGUAAUUAUUCAUUUUAUUUUCUCGGUAGCAUUCCUACAAAUACUUGUACGUGUACAGACUUAUUCUUAUUGCAAGAAUGGGAUAGAUUUAAUCAGCUAAUUGGGUUUUCAAAUCAAGAUGCGACGCGCGAUUUCAAACGCGACUAAUUUGCAAACAGUGAAAUCAUAAUAUGUAUAAUAAUAAAUAUAUGUAAAAUUAUUGAAGAGUGCCGCUAAGCGGUGUUCUUGUAUUUUGUGAUGUUAUCAUAUCUUGCUACAGCAAAACCAAUUUAGUAAUAAAAAUGAUAAUUUCUAAUUAUUUAAAUAGCAUAGAUCUAACAUGAAUAAUGGCAUACACUGAUGAAUAUAUUGAAUGUAAAUUACUCUUUCUCCUCUCAUUGCAAGCAUACAAAACGAAAACUAUCCUGAUGAUUUUUUACGUUACGAACGAAUCGCAAGCGAAAGCCAACUGAAUGUGAAAUACAAACAAACAAAACAAAGUGAUUUACUUGUUAUACGAACUUUAAAUAUGUAAACUAAUUUAGCUAUUUAAAGCAUUCCUAAGCGGAAAAUUACGAAACAGACACAAAUUGUUGGAAGUCAUAUAAUAUGUAGAUUACUAGGUGAACAAAUCUUACAGCAUCCAUGCGUGUAUAUAUAGUUUGUACUUACAGUGGGAUGUUGCGCAUAAACCAGAAUGGAUAAAAUUGUGACGCGCAGGUAGCCAAGGGAGGGCAAACCAGAGUGCAAAUGCGCGUUGAUGAUUACGAUGCAGAAAUAAACUUAAGUCAGUAUUUAAGAUGUAUACUACUAAAUUAUAGGGCAUGUACAUACAAGAAGAAAAUUAAAACAUAAACGUAUGUAGACAUUAAUAACUCGCGAUGGUUGAAUGAUGUGGUUCUACUUUCACGCAAAAAAUCUGCAUACAACAAUGAGACGAAACCGUACGAAGUGAUGCUUCUCAAUCACAGCGAUUACUCAAAGUAAGCGCAUUUCCAGUUUGAGUCUGCAAGUCUGCAAACAGAGGUUCAAUUGAGUAAUUGUCUCGUAUUCCAACCAUUCUAAGAAUCACAAAGUCGAAAUCGUACUCAAGACGAACGAGAUUUAAUUAAAUUAUUUACAAAUAAAUCGUAACUGUAAAGAUAGAAUAUUUCGAUAUGUGAAUUAUAAAGACAAAGAGAAAGGUUGUUUGCAUAAAUUAGUGAAACACAAAAAGUGAGUAUUUCAAAAUGAUGAUUCUUGUAAUUAUACUUGUAAAAAUACUAGUUAUAAUAAAACUGAACGAAAAAUCUGUAGUUUCAAUGGUUCCGUAUUUGUAAUAUUUAAAUAUUAAGGUAAGCCAUCUUACAAUAAAGCAAACUUAAAUAAAAAUUAAACAAAAAAAACUCAUUUGAGAGGAGCAAGUUAUUCAAUGCCUCUUGAAAUCGUGAAAUUGUUCAGGUUUCAUAAUUGGAUAACGCUUUUUAAUCACAUCGAUGAAACACGCAGUGAAACUACAACAUGUGAGAGAGAAUAAGCAACCAUUGUGAAUGAUUGAUUGAUUCUUAUACCUAGUAUUGGUUGAUUGGUUGAUAAGGAAAUACAAAACAUUCGUAUACGUAUUAUCUCGUAAUAUCUCAUUCUUCCAAGAAAGAAUUUUUAAAUAAAAAAUACUUUUAAACAAAACACGAAAAUAAUGAUGCAAAAUGGAGAACUAAAAAUUAAACAAAAACAAAACUAUUUAUCAGUAAUUAAUUAAUUAUUAAACAAAUAUUAUAAACUGAAUAAUACAAGAAUGUAUACGCAUAGCUGAAUAAUCAAGGCAAAGCUCUUUUUUGUGUUGAGAGAUCGAACUUUUAUUUAAAAAUAUUUUGUUGUAUUUGAUUGCAAUGAAAAAGCUCAAAUAAAAUAUAUGUUAUAAAAAUUA